AUGGCAAUGACCGACAAGAAGCCAGGAAAUGCCGACAAAGAGAAGCAGUAUGCGACCAUCCGCGACUUACCAGAAGAGAUGCUCGAGCAAUGCUGCAAGUAUUCCGCCGUCCAGUCGCUCAAGGCAUUGCGCUUGACGUACAAGAAGAUACUGCCAGCGGCCACAAAGCAACUCUUCCGCCACGUUGAAGUGAUGCCGACAGAGUAG